CUAACCCGAAACCUGCCUAAGACCCUAGUGACAGAUGAGAUAAUCAAUUCCCAUUGGCUUUUGCUACUUCCUUAUCUUCACCUAUAUAACUGGGCUUCUGAUGCAAUAAAGCUGAGUUUUGAUGUGCCUCCAAGGCUGACACAUCUCCCGGCUUGGUGUGGUUUGUGUUCCCCCUGCCUCAGAAAGAUGGGGAGGAUCAAGUCAUCAACACUUGCCCUCUCACUCAGCCCCAGGGAGCAACAGGCUGGUCCUGUUCAUCUUCUUCGCGCCAUUAUUGCAAAGAGCAACAACUGGUGCCCUGUGUGAGGAUCUCUCGCUUCGCUGACGAGCUAAUCGGGCCACGGAGUCCACAGUGAACCCAAUGAUGCUGGUCUUCCUGCUAAUAGCGAUGAAUCUCCCAUUAGCUAAGACAGGAUUUGGAGAUCCCGGUCAAGCAAGAGCCAUACUACAAAAGACCAUCAGAGACCCCUGCACAGCCUGCUCUUUCACCCAAACUCCUCCCCACAAAACCUGUUACACCUCUAUCAAAAUCUGCCCUAAUGGGCAAAGGGCAGCCACACUCAUGAAAGGGACAGAAAAUGGAUGCCCUGGAAGAGUUCUCACUCACAAGUGUUGGCCAGGCCCAAAAAUAUAUCCACCCACCCAAGGGAAAACCCCCUCUGAGUGUCCUUGCACCACUUUUCAUGCCUCCAUUCAGGCUCGAUGCUAUAAGGAAGUUAGCCCCUGCACUAAACAGAACAAAAUAUACUGGUAUGCAAUUCUGACAGAAGGCAAGACUGAAUAUGCUGACUGUCGAGAGAAUAGGGGAGCUCACGCCUGCUGGAAUCGAGUUGCCCCUAUAGGCAUCUCUGAUGGGGGUGGAGUCCAAGAUCAGGUUUGACAGCACCAAAUUAAAAAACUGAUAGGCUGAUUGAAGACCAAAAUCUCCCGAUUUACCACCCUCUUAGUCUCCCGGAGAUAAUGGGAGAAUUGCUUCUUGAUCCUGAGACACAAUCAAUCAUACAGGCUGCUUUUACCUUACUCAACACUACCAAUCCUGAUUUAUCUAAAGCUUGCUGGCUGUGCCUGAAGCCGGGGCCAUUACAAGUCAAUGCUCUUCUUGUUAACCUGUCACUGACUGAGCCCCAGUGCCUGCUAUUGCCCUCAAGCUCUGGGGUCUAUCUAGACCCUUUCUCCCCUAAAGGCCCAUGCUUCAAAGCUGACCCCCAUUCUGAUAAUACUAGUGGGAUAGAUGUAGGUCGAAUCCAUUAUUCCUUUUGCCAACAGAAUAUUACUGUGAACAAUACUCUUCUCUGUCCCCCUAAUGGAACAGUCUUCAUUUGUGGGGGAGACGUGUUUGGCUUUCUCCCGACAGGCUGGAUGGGGCUUUGUGCUCCAGCUGUAAUUUUCCCUGACAUUGGAGUAGUCCCUACUAAUCAGAGCCUCCCUAUUCCUGCUUUAGACCACAUUGGAGGUAGAUCAAAAAGGGCCAUUCAGGUUAUCUCCCUGCUUUUAGGCCUUGGAGUGGCCACCGGAGCUGCCACAGGGGCAGCAAGAUUAGGGACCUCCCUACAUUAUUAUAAAGCCCUUUCUCAACAGAUGAACGAUGACCUACGAGCUGUGGCCAGCACAAUUCUUGACCUCCAAGCACAGUUGGAUUCCCUCACGGCAGUAGUCUUACAGAACCAUAGGGGGCUUGACCUCCUCACUGCUGAAAAAGGAGGCUUAUGUCUCUUUUUACAAAAAGAAUGCUGCUUCUACGUGAACCGCUCUGGCAUAAUCCAAAAUAAAGUCAAACAACUUCAAGAAGACCUCGAGAGACACAGACAUGAAUUACAAGCCAAUUUUCUUUGGACUGGGUUACGUGGUUGGUUACCCUACAUUCUGCCCCUCCUUGGUCCUAUCCUUCUUUUGCUCCUACUGUUCACUUUUGGGUCCUGCAUUAUUAACAAAAUUGUCCAGUUUGUCCAAAAAAGAAUUGAAUCAAUUCAGUUGAUGAAUGUGCAAGUACAAUACCAGAGGCUUGCCACAGAAGCCAGUGACCCCUGCAGUCUCUGUGAGCCUUAUGAUGAGGCCGUGUCCGUUGAUUCCCCCUAACUAUCUCCCCGUGUGCCAAAGACGGGUAAGAUCUCCAAAGUGGAGACAACCUAAGACAGGCCCCGGAGGAUGAGUAAGCUUGGGACAACCGAGGAGCUGCAAGGUAUCCAGUGAUGGAUAAGAUCCCCAGAGGGGGACUACCUAAGACAGGGGCCUUGCCCGCUGGGACAUCCCAGAGCAUUUAUAAAACAAAAAGGGGGAAUUGUUGGGACCUUUUGCCUCUUUCAGGCCUGUGACGGCCGCAGACUGGAGGUUUCCAUCCUCCCU